UUCCUUUGCUUGCCUGGAUGAUUUUCUUUUUGUUAAUAUCUGUGCUUGCUUUCUAGUAUUUAAACAACUGUGUUUUGCUCUAACUAUCCAAAGGCUUUAAGUCUGAGACAAACUUCCAGGGAGCAAAACAGUCAACCAUUUCACAAUUAUCAGAGGAGCACUCGGGUCAUAAAUAAACAAGACUGAAUUUUACAAAAAUCCAAAGUUUAAAACCAAAGACCACUUUUCGCAUGAUCCUUUAAGAGAAAGACAAAUCUGGAAGCAAAACAACUUAUAAAAUGACAGUGCACUUUCAGGAGCCCAGGACACCGUAAUGAAAUGGCUCGUUUAUAGUUCACAGAUUAUAAGUCAUGGGGGAUUAUUUAUGAAUUCUCAGGAUUCAUCGGUUUGCUGCAUCCUUCUCCAUUAUUUGAAUAUUGGAGGCUGCCUGACCAGGAUCUUGACAGGGCUUUGCUCCUUCAUCCCAGGUGACCCCUGCUGACUCCCCAGGAAGCUGUAACCCUGGGGGAGGACUCAAUUUGCAAAGUGCUGGGCUAGACCACUGCCAAGAAGUGCUUGCUCACCCUACCUUCAACGGCAGGGGAAUCUCCCUCUCCUUUUGUGGGCGUAGCUGAAGAAAGGAUUCAUAAAUGAAGCUCGAUCCUGCCCAUCAACCCCAGCUCACACCUCCAGCAAUUGAACUUGAAAAAAACCUUUUAAAUAUUACCGCAAACUAUAUUGUCAUAAAAAAAAAAAAAAAAAAGAAAAAAACACUUCCUAUAUUUGAGAUGAGAGAAUAGAGUGCGAGGCAGUUUCCUGGCUGAACGCACCAGCCCAAUACUUAAAGAGAGCAGCUCCUGACUCCGAUAGAUACCUGAUGGGCCCACAGGGGUGACAGUCCGGGCGGAUUGAUCUUCCCAUCCCACAUCCUCCCAGCACGAUGCCAAGAAAAGGCUGACCGCAACUGGGCCUUCUGCAGAGAAAGGCCUCCUCUUGACUGCCCCGGCUGCUCCCAAGGGCCAGGAAGAUGGAUUCACACCUGCUGAUGUGGGGACUGCUCACGUUCAUCAUGGUGCCCAGCUGCCAGGCAGAGCUCUGUGACGAUGACCCGCCAAAGAUCACAUACGCCACGUUCAAAGCCUUGGCCUACAAGGAAGGGACCAUGUUGAACUGUGAAUGCAACAGAGGGUUCCGCAGAAUAAAAAGCGGGUCACCCUACAUGCUCUGUACAGGAAACUCUAGCCACGCGUCCUGGGAGAACCAGUGUCAGUGCAUAAGCUCUUCCCCUAGGAACACAACAAAAAAAGUGACACCUCAACCUGAAGAGCAGAAAGAGAGAAAAACCACAGAAAUGCAAAAUCCUAUGCAGCAGGUGGACCAAUCGCGUCUUCCAGGUCACUGCAGGGAGCCUCCGCAGUGGGAAAACGAAGGCACAGAAAGAAUAUAUCAUUUUGUGGUGGGGCAGACGGUUCACUACCAGUGCAUCCAGGGAUACAGGGCUCUACACAGAGGUCCUGCCGAGAGCAUCUGCAAAAUGACCCACGGAAAGACAAGGUGGACCCAGCCCCAGCUCGUGUGCACAAAGCAAACAGAGCCCAGCCAGUUUCCAGGCGAAGAGGAGCCUCAGGCAAGCCCCGACAGCCUUCUUGAGAGUGAGAGUUCCUGCCUCAUCACAACGACAGAUUUUCAGAUACAGACAGAAGUGGCUGCAACCAUGGAGACGUUCAUACUUACAACGGGGUACCAGCUAGCAGUGGCCGGCUGUGUUUUCCUGCUGAUCAGCGUCCUCCUCCUGAGUGGGCUCACCUGGCGGCAGAGACAGAGGAAGAGUAGGAGAACAAUCUAGAAAACCAAAACAACGAGAACUUCUUGGAAAGAAGCCAAGAACAGACAACAGAAGUCAUGAGGCACCAAGCAAAAUCAGAGGAGCUAAACACUUGCCCAGGAGACAUCCCCUGUGCUCACCUGGGUUUUGGAAGCUCUGAAGUCACAUCGCAGGACACGGGGCAGUGGCAACCCCAUCUCUACACCAGCUCAGUCCCAUCAGAGAGCGAGCGCUACCCACUUCCAAACAGCAAUCCCGUCAUUGAAGAAAAGAGCAAAACCACCAGAACUCUCCAUCGUAUUUACAUGUAUAUGUGUCAUUAAAGCCUGAAUGGUAUGGAACCCUCUCCACGCUCUAUGUAGUAUAGAGAAAAGUAGGUUUACAUUAAUCUCGUCCCAACUCUCCAGUUCAGAAAUCCCAAGGAAAGCCCUUGCACUAAUGUAAAUUCACAACACACACACUCUACCCCAUACGACUAGACAUUGUCCUCGUGGCUCCUUUCUCAGCCGCUUCUGACUGCUGAUUCUCCCGUUCACAUCGCCUAAUGAACAUCCUUUAAGAA